AUGACGAGCGUAAAAGACCGACAUUACUGGUCCCAGCUCAGAGCUGCUCUUACUGGUGGCCAAUGGCUUGCACAACACCCAGCAAAGACUCCCCAUGGCGCUCCGUUGUCCUGGUCUGAGCUAUUGAGAAAGUUCAACAAACAUUGCAAGGGUUUCAAGGACGUCGCCGAAGUCGCGUCGCAAACACAGGGACUUGCGCUGUUGCUCUCGGCUUCUUCGUUGAACGAAGAUGAAGACCGGGAGUCGGACGUUGAGCUUUUUCAGCUUCAGUUGGAUGGGGAGUGUAUUUUGCCAGAGGAGAGAGUGGGGGAGGCCACUUCGGGGUAUGAAACUCUCAAGACUUUGGAGACGUCCAAUUUUGACACUAUCAACCUAGCGUUGGCGUACUACGCGUAUGCACUGGGCAACCCCUCAGAUUGUAUCUCCCACCUCUCCAAGAUUUCAAAUCUGUACCAGACCGUCCCAAUCGUUGGCUCAUUCGGAUCGAGUACGACCAUGCUUACUGUCCCCGGCGCGGGUUCACAAUCGAUCGCUACUUCGGCGAGCGGUAGCUUCGUGUCGUUCGCCGAUAUGACGGUUCCAGAGGUCAAAGAUGGCAGAGGCUGGGCGAUGACAGAAACGUUUAGGAGCAUAUGUUUACACGGCAUGUCGCACGAACAGCUCUACCCCACAGAAGCCCAGAAAGCACUUAAAGCUUACCGGGAAGCGAUACCCCUCUUCGCCACACUGCAGACAGAGUAUGCUACAAUAUCCACUCCCAGCUCCACCGGAAAACCCGAUUGGACAUCUUUUGUCCAGCUGCGCGAGCUGUGGAGAUGGGUGGAGCGGUUGAUCUGGAGAGGGGUCGUAUUGAGUUCACGUCAUGGAGACCAGGAGUCGCUGUGGGCGUGGUUGAAUCAUUACAACACGACAAGUACGUGCUGGCCGCCUACGUUUCGCACCUCCCAUCGGUCGACAGUCUCGACUAUUCACCUGCGUGCGUUGAUUUUGAGGCAUGGUUGUCUGGCUCCUUCGCCAUUGCAUUUACGCAAGUCGGCGGCGUGGGUGCACACUGCGCGAUCUGUUAUUCAGGAUUACCGCGCGAUUUUGUCCAUGUGCACGAAGUUUCCUCGUGCUGGAGAGCGCAACGUCAGAGUGGAGGAGUUUGUGGAUUUAUGCGUCGCUGUUUGGGAAGGGAGUGGAGCUGUUGGUGAACAUGCAGGCUGGGUUCUAGAUAUUCUGUGGUGGGCUACGCGGUUGACCUUUAACUCCUCGCGAAUCCUUCGACACAUGACACGUCUGUUGUACCUCUCAGGAGAUGUCCCGCUAGCGAAGCGUACACUACGACUGUACAUACAAGUUGUCGGCAAAUCUUACGAGGCGAGCAAUCAAGAUAUCGCAGAGGACAUCGACACGGACGAUAACUGGGUGGAAACGCUCGUCUUUGGGGCGAGGAUGUUAUGUCGACAUGCCUCGGCGCUGCUUGGAGUGGAAGGUCUCGAGGAUGUCAAAGAGGCUGGCACUGUGCUCGAGAAAGCGCGGACGAGGCUUGAUAAAGAUAAUGUCCGAUUAAGGGCCAGUAUCGAACAAGCGGAGGGGAUCAUCAAGUCGUUGUUAGCUAUCAAAGAGGAAGACCCGUACACCCGUUCACAGCGUGUUGCAGAAGCGCAUGCUCAUCUUUUGAAAUCCGUUGAGCUUCAUCCGACUUCUUCUGGCCACUACCACCUAGCUAUAUCGUUCUCGCGCCCGGGCCCGCAUCGGGACAUGGAACAGGCGAUCGAACAAGCUGGUAUGGCUGUUGAAGCUGACCCCACUGAAGUACGGUACUGGCAUCUUUUAGGUCUCCUCCUGACGGCUGUGGAGAAAUGGGUAGAGGCGGUUGAGAUUCUGGAGCAUGGGGCAGAGCUGGAUGAUUCUUACUCUUGUGAGCGAGAAAAGGGGGAGGCACGGGUAAAUGGGGAUGUGGAUCGGGAGAGUGAUGUGAGGACUGUGAAGGGUGGGGAGGUACUCUCGUCGGAUUCUGUGCCGAAUGGGAACGCGUCUGGGGUGUUUGUCGCUCCGAAUGGGCGGCAACAACAGCAGAACGGUGUUGUUAACAAGGACGAAACGACUGAUGAAACUCGCCAAUUUCUCCCUAUUUUGGAUGAAGAUGUGUUGGAGAUCCCACCUGCGGCUGGGUUGUUCAAGUCUAUCCUCAGAGUGCCAAUACCCUCGGAACACAAUAUCUUUGAGUAUUCUCUACAAUUGCGCAUGACCCAGGUUGCGUUGACGGAAGUGAGGGAAGGGGCAGAAGGCGCGGAGCAACAGUGGCUUGAAGUUUUCGCUUGGAUUGCUGAGAAGAAAGGGUUGGUUUGCGAGUCAAUACCCAGGUCGUCCAUCGAUGGUCCAGGGCCAACUUUGGACAUGAAUGUUCUCCCGCAAGAUCAGGAAAAGCACGCCAUGGCGAAUGGCGACAACCCUCCCAACGAGCUUCCCCCUCCCCCGAUUCCCAUCAUGAUUUCGCCUGCUACGCCCAUUAUAGAAACGGCAGAGCCAGGCGAGGGUUCGCCUACUCGAGAAAAAGAAAAGAGGGGAGCUGAUAAGAAGCACAGUCAUCAUACGCUUGUGAAAAAGAGCAGCCUGCUUGCGAAAUCGUCGUCCUCGUUUGAGAGGGAUAGAGAGGGCUCAAAGUCGACAAAGAAAAUCAACCAGAUGCUGAAGAGCGGUGUGAGGGGCGUACAUAAGAGCGGUGCGAGGCUGACCGCUGUCUCUCGGAAGAUUGGCAGUGGGGUUGUGAGGAAUGGGAGUUUGCGGAGGUCGACUUCAACGCCUGAUUUCCAUGCUGUCUUACGACAGACGUCGUAUCAAGCCUCUUCGAUCCAUUCUCGCAGGCGGCUAAGCUCUAUUGUUCAAUCGCAGGAUGGGACACCUUCCGAGUCUCCUCCACCUCCACCACCACCACCUCAAGCUGUCCCUCCCCCGCCCGAUGUCAAGCUGAAUAGCCGGCUGGCAAAGGAGAAGAGAAUGCUGAGUGAUUUGUGGUUAAUGUCAGCAGCCACUUUCCGACGGCUGGGUAAAAUUGAGCAAGCGAAGGGGGCUAUUCAGGAAGCUGAAGUGCGGGAUGAGAAUAAUCCUGCAGUUUGGGUUCAGCUUGCGCUUUACUACGUUGCGCUUGGACACCACCAGCAUGCCAUCGACGCUUUGCAAAAGGCUUUGUUUAUCAGUCCAUAUGAUGUCUCUGCCACCGUUCACCUUGGGCGUCUCUACCUCACUCCAAAUGAGAAUCGACGUUCAUCGGUUUCGGUGCCCAAAAGUGAGGAUCACAGCUCGACGAACAUGGAUCUUGCGGCUAGUUUGCUGGGGUACUUGACGAAGGGCAGGGGGUGGGACGUUCCGGAGGCGUGGUACUUUUUGGCCAAGGCUUAUGGGAUGCAGGGGAGGAAGGAGAGGGAGAGGGAUGCAUUGGCUUUGGCGUUGGAGCUCUCGGAGCAUAGGGGUGUCAGAGAGAUUGGGGCUGCGCUUGGGUGGUGUAUUUAG